ACAGAGACCUGUGCGCAGGCUCAGAAGGGCGGGGACCUCGCUGAGCGUCGGCGACUCGGAGCUGCUGGAUCGGUCCGAGAUGGCAGAGGUGGAGGAAACACUCAAGAGACUUCAGAGCCAGAAAGGAGUGCAGGGAAUCAUCGUGGUGAACACUGAAGGCAUUCCCAUCAAGAGCACCAUGGACAAUCCCACUACUACACAAUAUGCCAACCUCAUGCACAACUUUAUCUUGAAGGCACGGAGCACUGUGCGUGAAAUUGACCCCCAGAAUGACCUAACCUUCCUUCGAAUUCGCUCCAAGAAAAAUGAAAUUAUGGUUGCACCAGAUAAAGACUAUUUCCUGAUUGUGAUUCAGAAUCCAACCGAAUAAGCCACCAUCUCGGCUUCCUAUGUCAUUCCGUAAUUUAAUGUCCCCCAGAAUAAGCGUUAAUCAUGUCAGUGGGCACAUGGUGGUUGCC